AUGGGCAUCGAGAGCGUUCUGGCAGGGGGUUUGACCACGGCCUCGACCGGGUUCUCUUGGUUCUAUCCAGUCCUCGCCGCGGCGCUCGUCUACUUCCAUUACGAAGUUAUGGACAACGAGGCGCCGCCAAUUAACGUGCCGUCUGAGGUGCUAUUACACUCGUAUGAUUUCAUAGUGAUAGGCGGCGGCUCGGCAGGUUCCGUGGUGGCGAAUCGUCUUUCUGAGAUCGAGAAGUGGAAUGUGCUGCUGUUGGAAGCGGGCGGCGACGAGACGGAGAUCUCGGAUGUGCCCUUGCUCGCCGGCUAUCUCCAGCUCAGUCAAUUGGACUGGCAAUACAAGACCGAGCCGCAGAUCGGUGCCUGUCUAGCGAUGGAGAACGGUCAGUGCAACUGGCCGAGGGGCAAGGUGAUCGGAGGCUCGUCGGUCUUAAAUUACAUGCUUUACUUGCGCGGCAAUCGGCGGGAUUACAACACAUGGGAGGAGCAGGGCAAUCCUGGUUGGGGCUGGCGCGAGGUCUUGCACUAUUUCAAGAAGUCCGAGGACAACAAAAAUCCAUACCUGGUCCGCACGCCGUACCACGCCGAUGGCGGAUACCUGACGGUGCAGGAGGCGCCUUGGCACACGCCUCUGGCAGCGGCCUUCGUCCAAGCCGGUCAAGAAAUGGGCUAUGAGAAUCGCGAUAUCAACGGCGAGUAUCAAACCGGCUUUAUGGUCGUGCAGGGCACACUCAGGCGCGGCAGCCGUUGCUCCGCCGCGAAGGCCUUCCUCAGGCCGGUGCGGCUCAGGAAGAACCUGCACGUGGCGAUGCACGCGCACGUGACCAAAGUGCUGAUACAUCCAAAGUCGAAGCGCACUUACGGCGUGGAGUUCGUCAGAGACGGCAAGGUGUUCCGUAUACGCGCGAACAAGGAGGUGAUCGUAUCCGGUGGCGCGAUCAACUCGCCCCAACUGCUGAUGUUGUCCGGAAUAGGGCCAAAGAAGCAUCUGCAGGAAUUCGGGAUCCCCGUGAUACAGAAUUCGAAGGUUGGGCAAAAUCUUCAGGACCACGUCGGCCUAGGUGGACUCACAUUCAUGGUGAAUCAGGAGAUCUCCAUGGUGCAGAAGCGGCUGGAGAACACCCAGGUAGUGAUACAAUACGCCGUGCUGGGCGACGGGCCGCUGACGGUGCCGGGCGGCGUCGAGGGCGUUGCUUUCGUCAACUCCAAGUACGCGAACGCAUCGCUGGACUAUCCCGACAUCGAGUUGCACUUCGUCUCCGGCUCGAUCAACUCGGACGGUGGCACUCAGCUACGUAAAGUGCACGGGCUCACGAAGCAAUUCUAUGACAACGUUUACGGGCCGAUCAACAACAAGGACACGUGGAGUGUGAUCCCCAUGCUGCUGCGGCCCAAAAGCCGCGGUGUCAUCAAGCUGCGCAGCAAGAACCCUUUCGACCACCCUCUCAUCUAUCCGAACUACUUCAAGGAACCGGAGGACAUGGCCACGCUGGUGGAAGGAGUGAAGAUCAGCGUGGCCUUGAGCAGGACAGCCGCCUUCCGACGAUUCGGCAGCGAGCUGUACUCGAUGCAGUUCCCAGGGUGCAAGCAUAUCCCUAUGUAUACGGAUCCUUACUGGGAAUGCAUGAUUCGACAUUACAGUGCGACGAUAUACCACCCGGUUGGCACAUGCAAGAUGGGAGGGUACUGGGAUCCCGACGCUGUGGUCGACCCGCAGCUACGGGUUUACGGCGUGGCUGGGCUGCGCGUGAUCGACGCCUCGAUCAUGCCGAAUCUCGUAAGUGGAAACACGAAUGCGCCCACGAUCAUGAUCGGCGAGAAAGGCGCCGACAUGAUCAAGGAGUAUUGGCUGAAACGGAAGCACCCGCCUGAGUUUAGUAAACAGAGCCGGAGCAGUCUCGUUACUUGUCGCAACAGUCCCGAACUCCAUAAAAUAAUGGUUCGUCUGACCGCGACACGUAUGCUGGCCUCGUUCCGGUCGGAAAAGUUUUUCAUCGCGGUAUUGUGGUACUUCAUCAUCCACCUACGUCCAGACGUCCUCGACGAGGAGAAUCGCGUGCGACAGGUGCCAACGCGGGAGUUGUUAGCCGAGUACGAUUACAUCGUGAUCGGCGGAGGAUCAGCCGGUGCUGUGAUGGCUAGUCGAUUGUCGGAGGACCAAGAUAAUACCGUGCUGCUGCUCGAAGCCGGUACGGACGAGCCAGUCUUGUCAGACGUGCCGUCCCUUUUCCCACUUUUGCAACGCACGUAUUUGGACUGGUCCUUUCAAUUAGAACCGUCACCCAAUUACUGCUUGGCGAUGCGGAAUCAACAAUGCAGGUUUCCACGUGGCAAGGUACUGGGUGGUAGCAGCGUGCUCAACGCGAUGUUAUACGUUCGCGGUAACAAAAAGGAUUACGAUUCCUGGGCGGCACUCGGUAACACCGGAUGGGAUUAUGAGAGCAUACUGCCGUAUUUCAAGCUGUCCGAAGACGCCAGGGCCGAGGAUCUACACGACUCGCCGUAUCACCAAAGGGGCGGAUACCUGACGGUGGAGCGUUUCAAAUAUACUUCGCCGGUCGUCGAUUAUAUCGUUCAUUCCGGUGAGGAGCUGGGAUAUCCGAUACGCGAUAUAAACGGGGAAAACCAGACCGGAUUCACGUACUCCUACGGUACCGUAAGGAAUGGACUGCGAUGCAGCACCGCCAAAGCUUUCAUACGACCCGCCUCGAAAAGGAAGAAUCUACACGUCAGCUUGGAAUCGUUCGCGGAGAAGAUCCUCGUGAGAAACGACGGCAUAUCGAAGAUAGCAUAUGGAUUGCAGUUUCGUAGGGGCACGAAACGUUUCGUAGUUCAUGCGAAACGUGAAAUUAUUCUCUCCGCGGGUGCGCUACAAUCACCGCAGUUGCUGUUGCUGUCGGGUAUCGGACCGCAGGAUCAUCUCGAGAAGAUGAAGAUCCCAGUCGUACACCACGCACCCGGCGUAGGACAGAAUCUUCAAGAUCACAUAUCGAUGGAGAUACUCUACGAAGUCGAUCCUCCGCCCGGCAUCCCGAACCCGGAUUACUUCACCCUGAAACUAUAUAAAUCCGUAUCGAUGGACACCAUUCAGCAAAUGGUACGAAAUCAUUCCGGAAUGCUCUACAUGACUUUGGUCGGCGGGGGAAUGGCAUUCGUCAAUACCAAAUACGCGGCCGAAACGCCCGACUACCCAGACAUUCAGCUGCUCUUCUCGGGCGCCUCGACUGUGUCAGACGCUGGAAUUGCCGUAUUACAUGUCGACGACAUCGAGCCGGACGUCCUCACUGACUUAUACGACAAUGUGACGAAUCAUCACACUUUCGAAUUCUAUGCAAUUCUUCUUCGACCACGCAGCAGGGGUCACGUCAAACUCAAAUCAGCCGAUCCCAAUAAGGCUCCCGAAAUCGUUCCCAAUUACUUCGACGAUCCUCGCGAUCUGCAAGUUCUGGUGGAAAGCGUAAGGUUCAUGGAGAAGAUAAGUCGCACGCACACUAUGCGGGAAAUAAACGCGCGAUAUGGUCAGAGGAAAAUUAAAGGAUGUGUGCGGUACGACGCUUCGUCGGACGAAUAUUGGGCUUGUUACGCGCGUCACUUGACAACGUCGAUUUACCAUCCGGUUGGCACUUGCAAGAUGGGACCUAUUAGCGACAAUCAGGCCGUGGUCAAUGCCAGAUUAAAGGUGCACGGGGUCGCGGGACUGCGAGUGGUCGACGCAUCGAUAAUGCCGACUAUUGUCUCCGGUAAUACCAAUGCACCGGUGAUUAUGAUCGCGGAGAAGGCGUCGGACAUGAUAAAGGAGGACUGGCGGGACGUGGCUUGAUCGUGCGCGCACAUGAAUACGCCGAAUGAAUUUAGUAUAAUUCUAGCUUUACCUUUACAUUGGGAGAAAAAUAUCUGCACUUGCAAAUAUAAUCAUCAUAGUGAAAGAAUUAUAGUCAGGAUAAAUUUUCUUUCAAGUGUUAUCGAUAGUGUCGAUGAUAACAAUCUUCACGUACAUGCUGCUACUAUUAUUUUUGUUGUUAAAAUCAUAAAAAGGGUAUAGUUGAGGCCGACAAAGUAGCUAUAAUUUUUUCUCCGUGUAUUAGAUUUCGCCUUGUCGGACAGAACGCGCGUUUUAUAUCAUAUUUAAUGAAUAUUGCUCUA